UCCUGUUGCCCAGCGCGAGGCGAGCGUGGGCGCGUGUCGCUGUGGCACCGCUGCGGGGAUUUGUGGCGGAGCCGGAGCUUGCUGGCCAGAGGCCCCAGUAGGAAAAUCGCCGGGCAAGGAGUCCCCGUGAUGCCUGCGCUUUCAGCUUCGUAGGCUGACUGGUGCUUGGUACUCCGCUGUUUGGAAUCUUGAGUUGUGGUCGGAAAAAAAUGGAUGUAAUCUUUGAGAGAGAACGGGGCUAUGGGCGAAGACUAGAACGCACGACGUUUGCAAAGUGCUUUGCGGAAGGGAGCCUUGCAGGCUGAGUCUGGCAGACAGAGCACACCCACUGCCACCCUUGACCACCGACCGAAGUGAAGAUCCUGGUGGAACUGGCCCGCGGUGGAAAUGCAGGCGCUCCACCUUCAGCACCGCAGCCCCAGCGGCUACAGGGUCAAGGCCAGGGCGUCCUAUGUGGAUGAGACCCUGUUUGGCAGCCCUACCGGAACCCGGCCCGCUCCACCAGACUUUGACCCACCCUGGGUGCAGAACUGUAACAGAUCCAGAGGAGUGGGCCCAGGAACACCCAAGGUCUCUCUGGUCAAGAGAGACAGUGAGUCUACCCCCUCCAGGGGCAGCACCCCAAACCUCACACCACGGAAGAAAAACAAAUACAGGUUGAUUGGCCACACCCCAUCCUACUGUGAUGAGUCACUGUUCGGUUCCCGGCCACAGGGCACCAACAAGGAGGGGUCUCGGACAGCCAUAGGGGAUGCUGCCAAGCUCCGGACCCUUUUCUGGACACCACCAGCCACCCCUAGGGGCGGCCACUCACCUCGCCCCAGGGAGACCCCACUUCGAGCCAUUCACCCAGAUGGACCCUCCAGGAUGGCGUCCAGCGUGGCGACAGGCUCCCAAAAGACAUCCCAGGAGGCGUUGGAUGCUCCCCGCUCUCUGGGGCGGAGACGUUCCCAUUCACUCACCCACCUAAGUGUCCCCAGCAUGGGUCAUCCAGCUCCCAGUGUCCCCCAGACCAAUGGACCUUGGAGUCCCCGGCCUUCCACAUCAGGGAUGACCGUCCAGAGUCCCCUGGUCACUCCCAAGGCACGGUCAGGCAGUGUUUCAGGGCCAGCUGCCCCUCAACGAGGGGCCGGCUCCCCCAAGCCAAAGCCUCCUUGGAAAUGAGGCUCUCUCACCAGGUAAGCCUUUGGCUCACAGCAAGGACUCAGCUCAGGUGGGAUCCUCUGGGGACCAGUGUCUCCAGGGCGCCCAAGCACUGGAAAAGCCUCCAUGGGGCUCCAUGGUGAGGAUGGUCCAUAGUUUCCUUUGUCCUCACAAGCUCAGCCUCUUUCUGCAUUGGUGCCAAACCCCACCCAGCUUCCUGCUCAGGAUUCAGUUUCUACAGGGGUCUGGGGGCCUUAAGGGAACUUCCUGGGCUGUGUCUGGACCCCAAGGGUGGAACAUGGGGAGACAUUAUUUUAAUAUUCAUGUAUU